UGUUCAGCCUGGAGGUGCGCUGUGUUGUGUCACUAUACUAUACUGACCAUGCUACUGACUGGGUGAUGUGAGUGAGGUGGUGCGAUUCGUGCGUAUUAACUGCAAUUCAGUCAGUUUCUUCAGGGUCUUCGACUUUAUAAGACAGUGACAAUUAGCCGCGGAAAAUUGUGGUUUUCAUAGAGUUCUCUGGGAUUCUAUUUACCCCAAGGCUGGUUUUUUUUUCAGGGGGCCUUACCUUUGUUUUCUCCAGGAAGAGGUACUACGUAAAAAGCGUGCGUCAGUGAAACAGGCCUCACCUGCUGACGGAUGGCGUUUUUAAGAACAGUCUCGCGGCGGUGUCCCGGUAAAAGGCUGACGAAGUAUCUCAUGGCAUUGCCUGCCGGUACCGCAAGGCCGUCUGUGCUAAUGGUUCAGUUUUGCGAAAGAGGAUAUUCCGCUACACCGUUGACUGAGGCGAAACCGGUACCACGACAAAUUGACCCCCUGGAUCUCAAGUUUAACGAUCCCAUGGCUGCCUUCAAAAGUAAAACUAUGACUGAGUUGAUUCGCGCCUACGUCGUUUACCAAAUAUGUUCGAUGGACUACCUCGUCGAAAACAACAUGAAGAUAAUGAAGAUAGUAAGACAAGUGUUUGGUGACAAACUAUUCACUCUAAUUAUGAAGAGCACUUUUUAUGGGCACUUUGUCGCAGGAGAAGAUGAAGUAAAAAUUAGGCCUGUUUUGGACAGAUUACGACAAUUUGGUGUGAAGCCAAUUCUAGAUUAUUCCGUCGAAGAGGAUAUCUCUCAGGAAGAAGCAGAGCGGCGAGAAAUAAAAGCUUCAGUGUCGGAAGCAGGAGAUGACAAGCAAGAAGGUACUUUAAAGAAGUACCAUGUAGAAAAAUCAUUCGCAGACCGGCGUUACAAAGUAUCUUCGGCCAGAACUUAUUUCUAUUUAAAUGAAGCCUCCUGUGAACGCAACGUGGAUGUCUUCAUUAGAUGUUUAGAAGCCAUUGCGGGUGCCUCCAUGGGCGUUGGUAUUACUGCUGUCAAGUUAACUGCUCUUGGUCGACCUCAGCUAUUGCUUCAAUUAUCCGAAGUAAUUAUGCGAGCGCGUCAGUACAUGUCGGACGUGGUUGGCGGUGAAGGCGCCGUUUUGGACCAUCACGCAAAACCUGAUGACUUUAAAAAGAAGUUUGCAGAGGCUCAAAUUAAGGAUGCAGUGCCUGUACAAAGGUUCCUUGACAAAAUACAAUCGGAUAAAGAAGGAAAUGUAAUUCACUUGUUUCCCUGGAGUGGAAUCCUCGAUGAGAACUACGAACUAUGUGAUACUUUCCAAGUCCCAGACAUUAAGACUGGAAAAAUGGUGAAAUUGAUGUCACAGCUGACAUCAAAGGAGGAAGAGAUGUUUAGGAACAUGGUUAGAAGAUUGAACACGAUUGUCUCGGUUGCUGACAAGCUGAAUGUCAGAAUAAUGAUCGACGCGGAGCAGACGUACUUCCAACCUGCGAUAUCGCGGCUAACAUUGGAGAUGAUGCGCAAGUACAAUACAAAAAAGGCCGUGGUGUUCAACACAUAUCAGACAUACCUUAAAGAUGCUUAUAACGAAGUCAAGACUGAUCUUGAACAGGCCGAGCGUCAAAAUUUCUACUUUGGCGCUAAAAUCGUACGCGGUGCUUAUAUCGAACAGGAAAGAGCACGAGCUGCCGCCAUGGGUUAUCCUGACCCAACAAAUCCCACAUAUGACGCCACUACGGAGUGUUAUCACAGGACGUUAAUGGAAUGUUUACGGAGAAUGAAACAGUACAAAGAUAAGGGUGAAGAUCCUAAGAAAAUCGGAAUCAUGGUGGCUUCCCAUAAUGAAGAUACUGUGCGUUUUGCAAUUGAAAAAAUGAAGGAAAUAGGAAUUUCGCCUGAGGAUAAGGUCAUUUGCUUUGGUCAGCUGUUUGGCAUGUGUGAUUAUAUCACAUUCCCUCUUGGUCAGUCGGGGUACUCUGCUUACAAGUACAUCCCUUACGGCCCUGUGAAGGAAGUGUUACCAUAUCUAUCUCGAAGAGCCCAGGAGAAUCGAGGUGUGCUGAAGAAAAUCAAGAAGGAAAAGCAGCUCCUACUUAAAGAAAUCAUGAGGCGUAUUGUUCGAGGAGAAAUAUUUUAUAAACCCAAAGGCAAUUACACUCCUGUCUGAGCAACUACUGCUUUUACCCGGCGAAAGUCGAGUAAGAAGUUUAAGUAGUAAUUGCAAUUUAGCGAAUCUUACAUGACCGUAAAACGAAUCGUAAAAUCCAAAAUAAUAACUCUUUCAUCAGAUUGGUGAUAUUCUGAUCAGAGCGCAAGGGCCGAUUGCGUGAAACGUGAAGCACUGUGAGCUAUCGUUCGAGAUCGCUUAAGCGGUAAAUAAAAAUAAAAAUUGUGUGACAGUGCAGAGAUCAGUAGAAUCAUCUACCUUCUUCAACGAAUUGAAUGGAUUUAGAUCCACGAAUGGAUCUGAACCGAUGUUUGUUUUUUAAACUCUUUGCUGUCUGUUUCUCUCCGUUAGAAAUCAUUUGGAGAAAAGCUGUGAGAAGGAAUAGGUGGUCUUUGAAAUCCCUGCAUAUUAAUGAGCUUACAUCAGUACCGUAUAGUAACGCAGCACUGUUUACAAAAGCAGAGUUAAUUGCCUUAAAUAAGUUACCUAAGAAUCUCACGAAAUAUCAAUGUAAAAUAGUUAUUUAUUAGAAAAAAUAGUUUUACAUUGUUCUUAAAGCUCUCUUUGUAUUUCUCGCUAGCCGCACUUGGAUUCAUUCUUUUUAUUCUGUUACGAUUGUAUCAAAUACAUUUAGCUUACAAAAUUGCUAUCCAAUGGCAUUAUCCAGACGGUUGACUGUUUUUUGUUUUUAAGUGAACCUUUUUUUAUUCAUGAAGGGACCAUUUGUUGUGAAAGAGCUCCACAAGGAAAGAACUAAUUUACAAUAAAUGACAUCGCUAUGCAUACAAAAAAUGUUCACUUUUAACGAACAACUUUUUACGUGUGCUCUAUUGAAACAUAAAUAUGCACAAUUAGAUACUAUUUUUUUUUUUUAAAUUUAAAUUAAGAACAAUGCAUUUUGCGAAAUAGAACAGUCUAUAAGUAUUUCAAAAACAAGAGUCCCUUUGUUGGAUAUUUAUUCUCUCAAAACUCGCGUUCAAUGGAGUAUGAAAGUAUCAUUUAUCUAAAUUAAUGAGUGAAAUUUAAAAAGAAGAUUUGUGUACGCGCUUGAUCUUUGUAAGUCGAAUAAUAGUCUAAGGAAACUGAUUUUUUUUAGAGUUUUAGUGGUUGAAAUCGAAAUUUGCUGUUUGGUAUGAGUCAAUUUAAUGUACGCGACAAAUAUGAGAGAAUAAAAAUAUCUUUUGCUCCUGUAUGCUCUCUCUGUUCGAGUAUUAAGAAUUAAAUUAAAUCAUAAAGAUCAGAGUACGGUCGAUGACUUUCAAGCAGUUGAAAUGAAAGUACAAAACUAAUCUAUAAGUUUUUAGUACGUUUUUGAAACUCCUGACAUUUUGAAUUUUAAAUUUUAACAGAAUUUGAAUAUUUAUUUUCCUUAUUGAUUCAGUUUUUUCUAUUUAUUGACUACCUACUUACGAAAUCGACGAUUACAAAUAAUGAUUUUUACUGAGAUACGGAAUGUGAUCUUUUUUUUCAAUUUUUACGAAUGAUGUGAACCAUGAGUCUUGGAAACAACACUAAAUUUUCUGAACAUAAAUAAAGAGGCAUUGUUAAAGUUA